UCAACGGCAUAACGGGACGGUGUUCCGUCGUCGCAGCUCCAAAUUAUAUACGAUAACCCCUUUCGUCCGAUCCCCACUCGUACGAUUCCGUCGUCGUCGUCGGAGCCAAAGGUUUAGAGGGGGAAUCGAUUCCUUCCACCGAGGACUGCUCCUCCUUCCUUGGCCUCAUAGGUUGUCCAAGUCGAACAAGGAGAUCUCCAUUUCCGGUUCGAUUAGCUGCCGCCUCGGGUUCGGCGCUCCUCCCCGAUUUUGUUGGGUUGGCGGAGAGAGGGGGAGGAUGGCGGAGAGAAAUAUGGGAGGUUCCUCGGCGCGGCCCGCACGUCGGGAUCCCUACGAGGUUCUCUGCGUGUCGAGAGAUUCGCCCGAUCAGGAGAUCAAAGUCGCGUACCGGAAGCUCGCUCUCAAGUAUCACCCUGAUAAGAAUGCUAACAACCCGGAAGCUUCUGAACUUUUCCAAGAAGUUGCCUAUGCCUAUAGCAUCUUGUCAGAUCCUGAGAAAAGAAGGCAAUAUGAUGCUGCUGGUUUUGAGGCUUUAGAAAGUCAGGGCAUGGAUAUGGAGAUCGACUUGUCUAGCCUUGGAACUUUCAAUACAAUGUUUGCAGCUCUUUUCAGCAAGCUGGGAGUUCCUAUCAAGACUAUGGUUUCUGCUAUUGUUCUUGAAGAAGCUCUUUAUGGAAAUGUUACAGUAGAACCACUUCCUCUUGGAACCUCAUUCAGUGGCAAAGUCGAUAAGCAUUGUGCUCAUUUUUUUGGUGUAACGAUUAGUGAUCAACAAGCUCAAGCAGGGAUUGUCAUUAGAGUGACCUCUGCUGUGCGAAGCAAAUUUAAGCUACUUUACUUUGAAAAGGAAGCACAUGGUGGCUAUGGGUUAACUUUACAGGAAGAAAGUGAAAAGACCGGCAAAGUAACAUCUGCAGGAAUGUACUUUUUACAUUUUCAAGUGUAUCGAAUGAACUUGGCAGUUAACGUGUUAGAAAUGGCCAAAGAUCCUGAGGCUGCAUUUUUCAAAAGUUUGGAGGGUCUCCAACCUUGUGAAGUCUCUGAACUAGAGGCUGGCACCCACACAUUUGCUGUUUAUGGUGAUAAUUUUUUCAAACCUGCUACCUAUACCAUCGAGGCGCUGUGUGCAAAUUCAUACGAGGAUACCAAGGGGAAGCUAAAGGAGAUUGAGUCUAAAAUUUUAGCAAAAAGAAAUGACUUGAGGCAGUUUGAAGUAGAGUACAAAAAAGCACUUGCACAUUUCCAGGAGGUUACAAACAGAUAUAGCCACGAAAAGCAAUCUGUUGCCGAGCUGUUGAAACAAAGAAAUCAUAUACAGUCCUCAUUUACGAUAAAUAGUAAUGUGAUAAAUUCUAAGGAGGAUGCUAGUAGUAGCAGCAGUGCUCCUACCGCAAAUGGAAGCCCCAGCAUGAAAGAUAAAUCAACCAAAAGGAAAUGGUUUAAUCUCAAUCGUCGUGACAAGUAGAACUGAUCACUUCUACUCCGGAAUGAUGUUUUAUAGAUUCAACAGUCAUUACUAGGAGAAAGGUGCCACUUUUUCAUUAUUUGUCCAUACAUGUAAGCUCACAGUGUCAAACUCUCGAAGAUUUAUGGUCAUUAGCCCACAUUAUUUUCGAGCUCCAAAAGUCUUGCGAGUUCUGCUGUCAUAUGUUGAUUCUUUUGGUGUUGUAUGUGUUUGUAAAGUCACAACAACUUAAGAUUUCAUUCAUUUUUUUAUGUUG